AUGAUUGGCUGUGGCGCUUGUGAACCCGAAGUAAAGAUGGCGGGCGGGCAGGCAGCCGCCGUACUGCCCACUUGGAAGAUGGCGGCGCGCCGCAGCCUCAGCGCCCGCGGCCGGGGAGUCCUGCGGGCGGCGGCGGGGCGGCUGCUGCCGCUGCUGCUGCUGUGCUGCUGCUGCGGCGCGGGCGGCUGCGCAACGGCGGGCGAGAACGAGGAGACUGUGAUCAUCGGGCUGCGGCUGGAGGACACGAACGACGUGUCGUUCAUGGAAGGGGGGGCGCUGCGGGUGAGCGAGAGGACCCGGGUCAAGCUGCGGGUGUACGGGCAGAACAUCAACAACGAGACGUGGUCCCGCAUCGCCUUCACUGAGCACGAGCGGCGGCGCCACAGCCCGGGCGAGCGCGGGCUAGGGGGGCCCGCGCCGCCGGAGCCGGACAGCGGCCCCCAGCGCUGCGGCAUCCGCACCUCAGACAUCAUCAUCUUGCCCCACAUCAUUCUCAACCGCCGUACAUCGGGCAUCAUCGAGAUCGAGAUCAAACCGCUGCGCAAGAUGGAGAAGAGCAAGUCCUACUACCUGUGCACCUCGCUCUCCACGCCGGCCCUGGGCGCCGGCGGCCCGGGGUCCGCGGGGGGCACCGUCGGGGGCAAGGGCGGCUCCGGGGUGUCCGGGCUCCCGCCGCCCCCGUGGGCCGAAACCACCUGGAUUUACCACGACGGCGAGGACACCAAGAUGAUUGUGGGCGAGGAGAAGAAGUUCCUGCUGCCCUUCUGGCUGCAGGUGAUCUUCAUUUCGCUGCUGCUGUGCCUGUCGGGCAUGUUCAGCGGCCUCAACCUGGGGCUUAUGGCCCUGGACCCGAUGGAGCUGCGCAUCGUGCAGAACUGCGGCACCGAGAAGGAGAAGAAUUACGCCAAGCGCAUCGAGCCCGUGCGCAGGCAGGGCAACUACCUGCUGUGCUCGCUGCUGCUGGGCAACGUGCUGGUCAACACCACGCUCACCAUUCUGCUCGACGACAUCGCCGGCUCCGGCCUCGUGGCCGUGGUGGUCUCCACCAUCGGCAUCGUCAUCUUCGGGGAGAUCGUGCCCCAGGCCAUCUGCUCCCGGCAUGGCCUGGCUGUAGGGGCCAACACCAUCUUCCUCACCAAGUUUUUCAUGAUGAUGACCUUCCCCGCCUCUUACCCGGUCAGCAAGCUGCUGGACUGCGUCCUGGGCCAGGAGAUAGGCACCGUCUACAACCGGGAAAAACUGCUGGAGAUGCUCCGGGUCACCGACCCCUACAACGACCUCGUUAAGGAAGAAUUGAACAUCAUUCAAGGGGCGCUGGAACUCCGCACCAAGACGGUGGAGGACGUGAUGACUCCCCUCCGGGACUGCUUCAUGAUCACCGGCGAGGCCAUCCUGGACUUUAACACUAUGUCCGAGAUCAUGGAGAGCGGCUACACUCGCAUUCCAGUAUUUGAGGGGGAGCGCUCCAACAUCGUGGACCUGCUCUUUGUCAAAGACUUGGCCUUCGUGGAUCCAGACGACUGCACUCCCCUGAAAACCAUCACCAGAUUUUAUAACCACCCCUUGCACUUUGUUUUCAAUGACACGAAGUUGGACGCUAUGCUGGAAGAAUUUAAGAAAGGUAAAUCUCACCUGGCUAUUGUGCAGCGGGUAAACAAUGAGGGAGAAGGGGAUCCCUUUUAUGAAGUUCUGGGAAUUGUCACCUUAGAAGAUGUGAUUGAAGAAAUCAUCAAAUCUGAGAUUCUAGAUGAAACAGAUUUAUACACUGAUAACAGAACGAAAAAGAAAGUGGCCCACCGUGAAAGAAAGCAAGAUUUUUCUGCCUUUAAGCAGACAGACAGCGAGAUGAAAGUUAAAAUAUCACCACAGCUUCUCCUGGCCAUGCACCGUUUCCUAGCAACAGAAGUAGAAGCAUUUAGCCCAUCCCAGAUGUCAGAGAAGAUCCUUCUAAGGCUGCUAAAGCACCCCAAUGUCAUCCAGGAACUGAAGUAUGAUGAGAAGAACAAGAAAGCCCCAGAAUACUACCUCUACCAGCGCAACAAACCCGUAGACUACUUCGUUCUCAUUUUGCAGGGGAAAGUGGAAGUAGAAGCUGGGAAAGAAGGCAUGAAGUUUGAAGCAAGUGCUUUUUCAUACUAUGGUGUGAUGGCCCUUACAGCCUCUCCAGUUCCUUUGUCCCUGUCUCGUACCUUUGUUGUCAGCAGAACAGAGUUGUUAGCAGCAGGUUCUCCAGGUGAAAAUAAGUCACCUCCUCGCCCGUGUGGCUUGAAUCACUCAGACUCUCUCAGUCGAAGUGACCGGAUUGACGCGGUAACACCCACGCUGGGGAGCAGCAACAACCAGCUCAGUUCUUCGUUCCUUCAAGUCUACAUCCCUGACUACUCAGUGCGAGCACUUUCUGACCUUCAGUUUGUUAAGAUCUCAAGACAGCAAUACCAAAAUGCCUUGAUGGCAUCCCGGAUGGACAAAACCCCUCAGUCUUCAGACAGUGAAAACACUAAAAUUGAAUUGACUCUUACGGAGCUGCAUGAUGGGUUGCCAGACGAGACGGCCAACCUGCUCACUGAACAGAACUGUGUGACGCACAGUAAGGCCAACCACAGCCUGCACAGCGAAGGCGCCAUCUAGGGCGCCCGUGGCCCCCACUCCCGUAGUGAGCUCGUGUGCCGUGCUGCGUCCUGUGACGUUCUGAGACCAAAGACUUUGUCCCCUGCCUGGAGGCUGCAGAGGAGGAUGGUGAGAAGAAUGGAAGAGAUGGCGUGAGAGCAACAGCUGGGGCGUGACAUUCAAGAUUUUGAAGACGAACUUCUUCUGCCCAGAUGGAAUCACGUUUGUUUUUUCAGCUGUACCUUUUAUCAUUAUUCACUUUCUUCCUCCCUCGA